UGUGUGUGUAUGUCUGUGUGUGUGUGUGUGAAAUGGUGAGCUGUUAUAUAGAGAGGGGAAACUCAAUCUGUCAACACAUCUAGAGUUCUGCCAGUCAAUCACCAUGUAUCAGUUCUUCAUCAUCAUCAUCAUCAUCCUCCAUUUUUCCUGUACUGUUUACAUUAUGUCAUACAACCUUCAAGGGGCCUCUGAGAGUGGUAUUGUGGGGGGAAACAUUUCUAAGCCCCACUCCAGACCUUACAUGGUCUCUUUACAACACAGAGGACAUCAUGUUUGUGGGGGGAUGCUCAUCCUCGAGGACUUUGUGCUGACCGCCGCUCACUGUUUGAAAGAUGCUUAUCCUUUAAUGGCUGUGCUUGGAGCCCACAACUUAAAGACAAAGGAGAAGAGUUGGCAGGAGAUUCAGGUGGUACAUUACCAUACCCACCCAUUACAUCAGAAUAUAACGCAGUUCGAUUAUGACAUCAUGGUACUGAAGUUAAAGACCAAAGCUCUUCUAUCUGAGUAUGUGAAGGUCGUUGAACUCGCAGACAAUGAAAAACAUGAAAAAGGCAUGGACUGCUCUGUUGCUGGUUGGGGCAAGACUAAAUCAACAAACACACUUGCCUCAAACGUUUUGAUGGAAACAGAAGUAACUGUGGAGGACAACUCUAAAUGCAAGAGCGUGUGGCAGAUAUACUUUGAAGAUAAACAAAUGAUGUGUACUAAUACUAAUGCUGGGAAAGGAUUUUGUCAGGGAGAUUCUGGGGGUCCUCUUAUUUGCAAAAAUAAGGCACAGGGUGUGAUAGCUUUUCAAUAUGCUGCAGACUGUGCUGAUCACAGGUACCCUCAAGUGUACACGAAAAUACCUUUCUUCCGGUUGUGGAUUAAAGAAGUGUUGAAUGGUUAUGGUGCCAACUUGUCUUUAAGCUAGUAGGCAUAAAGAAUGACUAACUACCCUGGA